AUGAUUCCAACAACUGCCACCAUAUCAUCAUCAAUAUCAUCUUCAACUAUACAGAUAUACUUCCCAAAUGAUCUAAUUAAACCUAUUAUUAGGAACAAUAAGAAGGCGAAUGGUUGGUAUUUACUUGGCUUUAAACGUGGAGAAUCAAUAUUUGUUGUAGUCCAAAUUGUUGAGGAUGUACAAAAAUUUACAACAGAAAAACCACAAGAAGUCUUAAAGGACUUACAACUCUUGGGGGUUAUAAAUAAGGAAUCCAGUAAUGAAGAGAAGAUACCUACUGCAGGUCUUGAAUUGACCUUAACAAAAUCAUUCCCAUACCCUAAAAUUAAAAGAAUAAAUAACAAGGAGUAUACUUUUAUUUUAUUUCAUCCGCCAAAUUAUAAAAAUUUGGAGUAUUUAUCCUUCAAUCCUAUUUACCUACAAUCUACGGAAAUGGAACAAGCAAAGGCUGGUAAUUCAGAAAUCGUACAAAAAUACAAUCAAUUGGAUGGGUCUCAAUUUCAUUCCAAAAAGGAGCCAUUUGAUAACGAAAUCUUAGAUAAAAUCAAUCAAUGUUCCCAGAUCCGUAUAGUUUAUAAACGUUGGUAUCUCACGGGAAAUCAAGAUUCCAGCAUAUGGUCCGUGUCAAAGAUACCGAGAAGUAUGCUUUUCAAACCGUUGGCCAUCAUUAUUGCCAUAAUACAAACCUUAACAAUUUGGAUCAUAUGGAUUUUGAAUUUUGAAUUUGGGAAGAAAAAAUUUAAACUAACUAAUAUUUCAGCAGUAAUGAGGCAAUUGGAUUUAAGAUUGAAGCAAAUUAACUAUUUCCCAAUUCAAUUCUUGUGUUACUAUGAUCGAAGUAUCUUGUAUAAUGAGUUCGAAAGGGAAGAUACAAUCAAUGAGAUAUCUCUGGCAUUAAAUUUGCCGAUUUUCAAUUCAAAUUUGAAUAUAAAUAAUUCAAAUUAUAUUAAUUUCCACAAUUCAUUAUGGCUUAUAAUAAAUGAUGUUUUACUUGGAAUCUCAGUUCAUAAAUUGAUAAACUCUCAUUAUGAAAUAAUAGCUACAUUUGUCAACGAAACAUUAAUCAGGAAGCUUUUAUUUGAUGACUUAUUUGGAUUGAUAUCAUGGGUUUCAUAUAGACAUCCAGCAGGGUUCAAAUUAAAUACUGAAUUGGGUCUGUUUGUAGGUGAUUUAUUCUUGUGGGCACUUCAAUUCUGGAGACUUUUACUAGUGGAUGUAUUAACCAUUUGCCCCGAGAGUAAACAAUCUUCCAUCUCAUUCAAAGUUAUUAUCCCAAUGGUCAUCAAUACGUUCCAUACUGUAUUCCCCGUGGCGGAAUAUGUAAGUACGCUGAUAUUCAAGUAUUAUUUAACUAUUUUAUGCUACAUGGGGUUCAGCUUCCUAGUCAGUUUUAUGAUCGAUUACAUGCAAAUCAUCAGCUUCCAUAUUUAUUGCUUUUAUUUCACAUCUGCUAAGAUAUAUCAUAGGCAAGUUCAAAUUCUUAAAUCACUUUUCCAAUUGUUUUGUGGUAAAAAGUAUAACAUCCUUCGAAAUCGGAUUGAUAAUUUAGAUAAUUAUUCAGAUCUGGGAGUUUCAUUUGAAGUUGACCAAUUACUUUUAGGAAUAUUGAUUUUUGUAAUUCUUGUUGCAUUAUUACCAACCAUAUUUGCAUUCUAUUUAAUGUUCUUUUUAACAAGAAUCUUGUGUCUAUGUUUGAUUUAUGUGGGUGAAAAUGUCUUAGUUGUGAUCAAUUUUUUCCCAUUGUUUGUUAUGUUAUUGAAACUAAAAAAUUCCAAUCGUUUACAAGGUGGGUUAUCAUUCAAUGUUUUGGAUGUUCUUCAGGAAAAAACUGUAACAACCUAUUUACAAUUGAAAAAUAAAUCCUUGACAUACCUGGAAAUAUUUAAGAAUUUUGGCAAAUUAUUCAGAAAUUCAAGAGCAUUCACAUUAUCAUUAAUACCAAAUUUUAUAAAUGGUGAGCCUAUUUCUUUAGAACAGAAACAUGAACUCAAAUUUAGUUACUUGAUGCUUCCAAGAAAUUAUGACCAAACUAUAUUUGUUUGGACUCAUUUUACAAAGAGAAAGGAUGUAUAA